AAGGAAUCGACCCUGCACCUGGUUCUCCGUCUUCGUGGCGGAAUGCAAAUUUUUGUCAAGACCCUGACGGGAAAAACUAUUACUUUGGAAGUGGAGAGCUCCGACACGAUUGACAAUGUGAAGGCAAAGAUACAGGACAAGGAGGGCAUCCCACCGGACCAACAGAGGCUCAUUUUUGCUGGAAAACAGCUCGAAGAUGGGCGGACGCUGGCCGAUUACAAUAUCCAAAAGGAGUCCACCCUGCACUUGGUCCUCCGCCUUCGUGGUGGCAUGCAGAUCUUUGUCAAGACCCUGACCGGAAAAACCAUUACCUUAGAGGUAGAGAGUUCUGACACAAUCGACAAUGUAAAGGCGAAGAUACAAGACAAGGAGGGCAUCCCACCAGACCAACAGAGGUUGAUUUUUGCUGGGAAGCAGCUUGAAGAUGGAAGGACACUCGCGGAUUACAACAUCCAGAAGGAGUCCACUCUGCACCUUGUGUUGAGGCUCAGGGGUGGAUUUUAAAGCUUGUUAUAAGAAUUUAGAUGUGUGUGUGUAACUUUUAAAAUCAAAAUUGUGUGUUUGUGAGGAGUUGUUAUUGUGUGAAUAAUUGUUGUGUUUCCUUUGGUUGCUUUGUGAAAUUGAAUCGUGUCUCGUUAAUUACCAGUAAUAAUGAAGUUGAUUUGUUUAGACAUGUU